AUGUUAUUCAAAUCAUUAAGAAAUAUCCAAUUCUCCUCAAACAUGUCCAAUUUUCAAAUUUUAAAUACUCAUACUGUUGGAUCAAGUUUGAAUACUAAUGGAUUGGAAUCUUCAGUUAAUACUACAGCAACACCUGUUUUCAAAUCAUUUGAUCAAAUUUCAGUCAUUCCAAGAGAAAAACAAAAAGGUUCACAUGAUAGAUUAUAUUUCUAUCUAAAUUCUAAAUUUUAA